AUGUCCACAAACAUUUCUCAAACUCAAUCUUCUACAAUUGCUACACCUAAUCCAUUUCAGAAUGUUAUGAAUCUAAUGCCAAUCAAGCUUGAUGAAACAAACUAUUUGAACUGGAAGCAUCAAACAACACUGAUUUUGAAAACGUUAGGGCUUCUUCAACAUCUUAACAUCAACUGUAAUCCACCAGAAUCUGAGGAAGCUAGAACUGCUUGGGACAAAUCAGAUGCAUAUGUGUCAGCAUUUUUAUCUGCAAAUAUGUCUUCAUCACUGAUUCAUUUGGCUCGAGAUGCUUCUAGAUCUGCAGAAUUAUGGCAGAAACUUGAAGAAUUGUUUACACAACAGGUAUUUGCUAAUCAGAAUUACAUUCGAACACAAUUUCACUGUUUAAAACAAGAAGAUAAGUUAGUGAUUCAAUUCUGUGAUGAAGCAAAGAAUCGGUUCGAUCAAUUGAUUGCCCUAGGGGAUCCAAUUACAGAGCAUAGUCUAAUAUUACAGAUCCUAAACGGUUUACAUUUUGAUUUUCGAAUAUUUGUCACUAACAUUGAGAAUUCUGAUUCAAAACCUACAUUCUCCCAACUCAGAGCUAAGUUGUUGACCUUUGAAUCUCGUUUAAAACAAAAUCAAAGUUCAUACUCUAUUCCAAUAGCUGCUAUGGCAGCCAUGACUGUAUGA